AUGUCCGACGACCCACGACUCAUUGAUAUGGAGCCAGGUGGAGAGAGCACUCAGUAUGAGUCGAUUCGAGAAUUUACAAUCCCACCUGCGAAGCAAAUCGGGCAACUGGGCGUCGGUGAAUCGCACACCAAAAGCCAACUCAAAACCAAGCCGGUUUCCACGGAUUCUCCCGCUUCAGGUGAGGAGAAUGAGUUGGCACAGAAAUUAGGAAUGGGAAUAAUCAAACCCAGUCAAGAAGAUCUUGAUUUCGACAACGCAAGUGAUGCAGCUGCUGCAAAGACCAGGAGACAACAGGGGUAUGGGCCCGGCUCCGGGGUCGGGGGAUAG